UAGGCUACUUAAAGGUACGUGACAGUAGGCGGAGAAUGGCACGGAAGCACCGAGGAUGCUCGCACGUCACUGAUUACCACAAGCCUUCAGACGAGCCAGAAACUAUGAAGCCUGGUUGCAAAGUUACUUGUCUUUUCCUUUAAACACGGCGAUAAUAUUCAAGAUGGCAACAACAACCACUGAAAGUGGAGGAACCAGUGUGUCAAAAGAUUACAAAAAGCCCACAGCGGCUGCCCUGAAAGGAGCCAUCCAGCUGGGCAUUGGGUACGCAGUGGGGAACCUGACAUCCAAGCCUGACAGAGAUGUACUCAUGCAGGACUUUUACAUGGUGGAGAGUGUCUUCCUACCCAGUGAGGGGAGCAACAUGACACCAGCGCACCACUUCCCAGACUUCCGUCUCAAAACCUAUGCCCCUCUCGCCUUCCGCUACUUCCGAGAGCUCUUUGGCAUCAAAGCAGAUGACUACCUGUACUCCAUCUGUAACGAACCUCUGAUUGAACUGUCCAACCCCGGGGCCAGCAGUUCCUGGUUCUACCUGACCAGCGACGAUGAGUUCAUCAUUAAGACUGUGCAGCAUAAAGAAGCUGAAUUCCUGCAGAAACUCCUUCCUGGUUACUACAUGAAUCUGAAUCAGAACCCGAGGACACUGCUACCUAAGUUCUAUGGCCUUUACUGCAUCCAGUGUGCCGGGGUCAACAUCCGUCUGGUGGUGAUGAACAACGUGUUGCCCAGGGCCCUUAAGAUGCACUACAAAUAUGACCUGAAAGGCUCCACCUACAAACGACACGCUUCGCGCAAGGAGCGCGCCAAGUCCUCGCCCACUUUCAAGGACCUGGACUUCCAGGAGAUGCUCGAGGGCCUGCACUUUGAUGGCGACACGUACAGUGCCUUGAUGAAGACUCUGCAGAGGGAUUGCAGGGUCCUGGAGAGCUUUAAGAUCAUGGACUACAGUCUCCUGCUAGGGGUGCAUGUUCUGGACAAGAGUCUGGAAAGGGGGGCCAGGGGGGACAGUAAGCGCCUCAACAGCCAGAGGGUCCUCUACUCCACUGCCCUGGAGUCCAUCCAAGGGGAAGGGGAUGGCAAGGUUGCAGAGCCAGUGGCAGACGAUAACACAAUGGGUGGAAUUCCAGCAAAACACAAAGAUGAGAAGCUGCUGAUCUUCUUGGGGAUCAUUGAUAUCCUACAGUCCUACAGGUUAAUUAAGAAGAUGGAGCACUCCUGGAAGGCCCUUGUACACGAUGGGGACACCGUGUCAGUUCACAGGCCCGGUUUCUAUGCAGACAGAUUUCUUAAUUUCAUGGGUGGCACUGUAUUCAAAAAGAUCCAUCCUCUAAGAGGAGCAUCCUCUAAGAGGAAAAGGAGCUCCAUCCAUGCGAUGAGGUCAGCCUCCCAAGAGGUGCUGUCCCCCCAAAAGGAGGAGAAGGAUGAGAGGAAGGCCCAAAGCAUGGAGUGCCUAGACAGACCAUUAAGUUCCUCCAAGCACCCUGACCUAGUCACGCUCCCUAAAAGUAUAAAGCAGGCUGUUUCCUUCUCCUCCUCCGCUCUUCAGACUAUCAAGAAAGACCUUGAGGAGCACCUGGAGAAUAGUGCCUCUUGUAUGACUGUGGCCCUGGAUGACACUGUCCCCUUUCCCCCUACCCAGGGCAGCCCAGACUCUGUACAUGAUGUCUACUUGAAAUGAAGAUAAAUAAUCUAAAGUAGGACCAGAAAAUACUGCAUUGGGCAAAUGCUUCAUUUACAUGACAUACCUCUGAGUCCUCAAAUCAACCCAUCAAGUCACUUCACAAUCAGCAGACCUUGGACACCAGGGGACACAAAGUAGAGGACAUACAGGAGUUGCCAAUCAAUGACUUGACCAAGAUUUUAAAACAAUGCCAUGGUGAAGGAAUACCAUCCAAGGCGUAUGUCAUGUAGCUAACGAUUCGUGAAUAUGCCAUAUCAAUUGUCUUCCUUUCAUGAUCACACAUUUCAUUAUGUAUUUCAUGUAGCUGUUGUCCUAUUAAUGAUCAGUUGUGAUUAUACAUUUUCUUUGUGAAAUUAUGUAUUUAAGAUAAUUAAAUGUACAGUUAAUGUAUGUUAUAUUUAUAGAAAAUACUAAUUGGCUCUGUUUAUACAGGAAGCUUAAUUUUGUUUCUGAUGCUAAAUUAUUGGCAAAAUACCUAAUCUGAUUGAUGAAAAGACCAGUUAUUGGGCAAGAAUCUGAAUUGGACUGCCUGUCUGGAUGCUGCCAAAAUAAAAUCUGAUUUUAUGCAAUAACGUUAUGUUUUCAUCU